AUGAGCUAUACAAUACGUAGAAUACAAUACAUUCUGUGUAUUUGCACAUAUUCCACUUUAUACAGCAAAUUAAUGCGCAGUUUAAUUUUGGCUUCAUAUUAUACUGCUCUUAUGUACUUCUAUUUAUAUAUGGUAUUUUGUACGUAUGGUUGUACUUUUAGAUAUAUCAUGUCUAUUAAUAUCAAGAAUUGUCUAUAUAAUUGCCAAAAUUAUGUAUUUUUUAUGAAUCUUAAUUAUGUUAUUUCUUUUAUCUAUAUGUAUAUAUUAGCAUUUGCUAAUAGCAAAAACCUUCUGCAGGAAAAGACAAGUUAUGCUACAGAGGUUAAAGAAAAUAUGACAAUGCCGCAUGAAGCAACUACUUCCUAUAAUCCAAUUUAUAGCACUGGUUAUACCCAAGCCCCCACCCCACUAUACAAGAAAGAGUCCAUUACUUCUCCAGAAUGUGCUGGAUUCGAAACUAUAGAAGACCAUGAUGAAGAAUCUCAAAAUAUUUACAGCACAGAAACAGCAGAAAAUACACAUGAAAGAAACAAAAGAUCUACCAAUAAAAACAAAACGUCUAAAAAGCGAAACUCUGCAAUAGCAAGCAAGAACACUAGGGCCGUGCCCGAAAAAUCAUUAAACUACACGAAAAUUAAUAAAAUCCAAGAAGACAGACCACUGACCAUGAGAAAUAUGCUUGAAUACAUAAAAUCCAGCCAGGAAUGCGCCUAUACUCCCGAAAAAACAAUUAUAUACCAGUCAAUUAUUGCGAUUCCUAAUGAGUUUUCCUCUUGGUAUGGGUUCACUAUUAAAGAAAUGGUACAUCCGGAUCCGUCUAUGCCGGCUAUCAAAAAUUAUAGUUUUCUUAAUGAUGAUAUAGGCUCUUCUACCAUACAAAUGAAGUUUGACAAAAACCUAAAAGACAAUACUAAAAACUGCUCUAGCGUUGUGAUCAAUGAAGACCGCAGGUAUAAAUAUGAGCAUGGCCAUAUUUUGGUGGAUACAUUGUUUAAAAACGCUGGGAUAGUUUCUUUCUACUCCACAUCGCAUGAUUAUAUACUUCACAAAAUUAAAGGAAGCAAUGACCUAAUCCUUACUAUUAUUGAUGCCUUUAACACAGAUCACGUAUUCCCUUUUGCGGUAUCAUUGUUGAUUAAGGCGAAUGGAAGUGAAGCGGCAGCAUAUUAUGAAGUAAGCGCCAAGAAAAACUCGAAAAAAACUGUAAUUAAGGUAAAUACAAAUAGUGAAACAGUAUACGUUCUUAACUGGGCCAAAGUAGAAAAUCAAAACCUAUUAAUCUGUAAUUCUCCUGUGUUUGUGACGAGUAGACAAUCUAAGAAUAGACAGUUAAAAAGCAAUUUAGUGCACAUCUCUACAGAAAUAGUUACACAUACACCUACUAACGCAAAAAUGCAUUCUUCUGAGUUUAUUCAAACUAGCAAUAUCGCUAUAAAGACAAAACUUGCAUUUGACCCGAAAACCACCCUAAUUAUGGAAAGUUAUAACCCAACAGCACCACUAUCCUUCUCAAAAAAAACGCCGAAAAUAUAUUUUGUACAAAUCUCUAGAAAUAUAAAUUCUAUUAAUAUAGUUAGUAUUUGCUCGUACACCCCGCUGGUAAAUGAUUUUAAGGAAAGUCCUAUAGAGCACAGAUUCUCGCAAGAGCCCAUAAAACCAGAUGGAACAAUUACGGCAACUAUAUACCAAAGACUUAGUGGCCAGCUAUCUUAUAUAAAAGAAUCCAGCCAGGAAGAUAUUUGGACUGCAGUUAAAACAUAUAUAAAUAAGAUAUAUGCAAAAAGAGAUCCCAAUUCUUCUGAUCCAUACCCAGAAGUCAGUGGGCUGCGGAUUAUAUCAAAAGAUGAUUUAAAAAUGGCUUCACAGACCCGCAUGCGCAGGCUAAACAUAUACAAGUCACUGCGCCAAAUCAAAGAAUACUCUUUUCUGUUGGAAAUUUACAAGAAUAACCCGAAUAUAACCCAAAAAAAUCCAUUUAGAGACAACAUAAACCCAAACGCCAUGAACAGAAAGCACUUAACUGUGAUGGCCUCAAUACUUGGUGACAGUUCUUAUAAUCAAACUAGCUAUUCAUCGAAAAGUUCAAUGAUAAAAGGACAGCUUAAUUUUCCUCACACUGACUACUACAAAUCACUGUUUAAGCAGUACUCUAUUGGAGUUUCUAAUAUCAGAAAGUAUAAAGAAAUCAAUUUUAAAAAAGCUGGGCUUCCUCUUUAUGCAGACAAAAUGAUUUUCUACCUAACAGAUGAAAGAGACACAUACUCCCCUGGAAUUGCCAGCUGGACUGACAUUCUAUCAUACCGACAAAUAACCCUGCAGGAUGAGCCAUCUGAAGAUAAUAUAAAUCUGAAAAUUGAUACCAGCAAAAUGUACAUGAAUCUAAUAAGCGUCCAUCUAAGCUAUAAACUUAUGCAUAUUGUGAGCGGCAUGCUUGAUCUGAAUGGAAUAGAUAACUCAUAUGCCAUAAUGAAUAUGCAUAAAAGCGACAGUGCGACAUACCUUAAUCUGAGAAAGCCAUAUACGAUAAGUUUUCUUUCUCUAGCCCAAAAGGUUUUUGACUCAAAAUACAACGCAUUCAAUGAGUUUGUCUAUUCACUUAAUCAAACACUAGCCGCAUAUUCAUUUGACAAUCUGUCUGGGUUUAUUUCUAAAACCAUAUUAGAUGAGAGCUUAGAUGAAAAAAACAUAGUAAAUCAUACUAUUGACUCCAAUUCUAAUAAUGACAACACUCCGUCUAAUAGUGCAGUGAAUGAGAUGCUGAUAGUGGACCGAUUGAUUACUAUUAUUAAGAAAAGCAUUCACAUUAUGGAUGACUUUACAAACCAAUACCUUACGCCCCUUUCCUCUGUGACCAAUACGCUUACAUCACCAGAGUAUACCAUGGAGAUACAAAAGCUCCUCCAUAUGAAAAAAAGUCUUUCUAAUAAUAUUUUGGAGUCUUAUAUUCUUACUGCAAAUAAUUGGGACAUAACUCAAAAUAUCAGAAAUGUUAUAAAUAAUACAAUAAUUCCGCUUCAGAACAAUCUGUUCAUUAUUACCAAUGGAGUCCUCAACCUAAUCUCAAAAGAUAUUUACAAAAGACUGGACGCCACCGAUGGAUCUCAGGAUGCCGCAAUCCAUGACUUUAUAAAAAUCAGCAGCGAAUGGACUUUUUCAGAGUGGCAGAGAAAAGUCAAAGAUUACACGUCUACAAUUAAAAUAUUUAAUUACCUCCAGGCAAACAUUUUAGAUCACAAUUACCAGAUAAACGGAAAAGAAAUAAUUCAGAAAACUACAUCCCACUUUAUAAAACUGGCUUUGCAUGCAUCUAUAGGGAAAAACCCAUUCUACGCAUGGAAGCCAAUUGAAGUAGCAGAGCUAGAUCCUAAGCAUCUUCAAAACAGCCGGUACAGAAGGGAUACGCUUGAAUCACUCAGAAUGGUUUCCAACACGUACACAGAUAGUCUAAGCAUGUUCAUAAAAAAUGCUUUCAAUCAGAUACUAUCCCACAAUGAGUGCAGUGGCUACCUAAAUGACGAAACAAACAAGCUAAUCAGCCAAUACAUGAACAACACAGACUACAAAUCAGGAAAGUCUAUUAAAGUCAGUGAGUUUAAACUGUUUCCAGCUGAAGUAGACAUAUCAAAAGGAGUGACUUCUAUUCUGCAGCAGCAAAUAAACAAUACAAUCUUACUAUAUUUGAGCGAAGACCUUCUUGCACAGGUUGCUUCCUCCUCCAUGGCCUCCUCUUCCUUCAUGUCUGUUUUUACAAAACAGAAAAAAAAUGAAAUUACCUUGCGGUAUGAUGAAAUGAACAAAAUAAUCCCCGUGGUCCUUCACUCCCAGCUUAUAUUAGCGGGAAAGCUGCACAAUAUUAAACAUAAGACAUCAAAUAACAGCACUGCUCUAGCUAAUUCUCAGAUGAUGUAUGAUGAAACAAAAGAUUCUGCUGUUAAAAUGUUCUCUAACAUAGCAUUCUCUGAGUUUUCAGAACAAAUAUAUAUCACCAAAACAAGCCCUCUUUAUAAGAAGUAUCAGAAAAAAAUAGAAAACUUGCUUAUAGACUUAUACGCCACAUAUAAAACAGAAAUCUUGGCUCUAUUCUCUAAUAGACCAGCUAUAAACACUGAAAAUUGCACUGCGAAAAUGUCUGCUGAGCAUUGUAAAAACCUCUACAUAAACAAUCUUUCUAUUCUUAGCAGGAUUGAAUCUUCUAUUGAUAAAAUAAAAUCCAUUGAGGAAAAUGAAGACUUCAAGAAAAACGGGAAUAAGGCCAUACGCCGCCAAAAUCUCAAUAAAAAAAUUAAUGAAUUUAAUGAAAAGUAUAAAGAAAGAAUGAGCUCUACCACAAAAAAAGAUGUAUUCUUAACCGAGCUUAAUACCUUAAUAGCCAAAACAUCAAAGGAAAUCCGUUCUUUGUUGAUGUUCAUGUAUCUUAUGGAGAUUAAGGCGAUGGGAGAGACUCACAAUUUAAUGAAGAAGAAAAAUAGAUGCUCUCAAACGGCAUUUGAUAUAUAUCAGAAAAACGGCCCCACCGAUAGCUCGCAAUCUAAUGGAAAUAAAAAUCGCGCGGCAACACAUCUACUUAGCACAAUCAUUCAUUAGAAUUCUUCUAAAGGUUUUUUAUGCGCCUUUAUUCCAAAUAUAACUCAGAACUAUUUUGCUAGCUAUAGUAUUCGGAAAUCCAAACUGCUCUGGGUGUGUCUAAAAUAGCUCUCUAA